AUGUCGAUUCAAUCGUAUGUGAUAAAUAGUUCUUAUUUAAAACAAAUUUCGGCUACAACAACGUAUGCAAGUGUUCGCGAUUUAAUUCAACAAAUAUUUGUUGAGAAUGAACAGAGUAUAAUCCAUGAAAAAGUAAUUCAAUUAUGUUUAAGAAAAUUAUCGGAUUGGUAUAAAACAUCGAAUAAUAUUAAACAAAUUAAAACUGAUUUUUAUCAAUAUUUUUUAAAUAAUAUACGAUUAACUCAAAAACAAAUUAUUGAUCUAUUAUUAUCUGAAUUAAAUACAAAUAACACUGAUAAAUCAAAUCGUGAUUAUCUUCUAUAUCUAUUAACAGAAAUCUAUGAUAAAAAUUAUUUAAAAUUUUUGUACGAACAAUUUGACCAGCGAGAAAAUGGUAUACAAUAUAUUGUACAUUUGCCGGAUAAAAUUGUUAAUGUUUGCACAUAUAAUAUUCCACCAUGUUUUCAAACAAAAACAUAUUUCAAUCGUCUAUCGUUAUUCAUCAAAAAUGAACUGGAAACAAAACAUUAUACAAAUAUGGAAGCAAAUCGUGAUACAAAUAUUGAUAUUCUUUGCAAACUUGUUAUUAAAUCAUCAAAAUUAGGUAACAGGAGUUGUCAUGAGUCGGAAUGGGAUAAAAAUUGUCUUAUACGGAAGAAAGUUUUUAUCCCGUUCCCGUCCUUUGAACGUUCGAAAACUUUUAUCCCAUGA